AAGCAGGUUUACAAAUCAAGUUACAACAACAGCAGUCCAGAGUUCCCCCACUGGUAAAAGUAUACCCACAACUCCAACAACAAUGUCAACACAUUCUCCAACAUUUUCAACUGGCAGGACUACACCACUGACUGAAAAAUCUUCAGUCCAGAAUUCCUCUAAUAUUACAACUAUGUCUUCAACUCCAAUAUUACAAACAUCUACAACUCCAUCAACGACUUCUCCAACAUACACAACAAUGAAAACAAGCACCCUUACACUUAACACUGGAUGUAAUUGUCAUUGGUCAGAUUGGAACGACUUUGGUGGCCCAACAACAGGUCUUGAUGGUGGUGAAAUAGUAUCUAUUGAAAGAAUAUAUGACACCUCUGCUACCAUCUGCUCAGCACUGAAGGAAGUACAAUGCCGUGCAAAACGUUAUCCUGGAGUUCCUCUUUCACAGCUUGGACAGGUUGUGAAAUGCAAUACGAACGAUGGACUAGUUUGCUUGAACAAACACCAAGGCCUUGUACAGCAAUGUUAUGACUAUGAGAUUAGAACAUUGUGUUGUGAUGAAAACUGUGGCAACAUCACAACAAAUUCCUUAACUACAGCUGCUACAACAAUAUCAUCAACAAGCAUACAUAUACCACCAAGUACGACAUCAACGGGCCAAAGUUCCUCCACUGUUAUAGGCAUAUUUACAGAUCCAUCAACAACAAUUUCUACUGCUACACCUUCAUCAACUUUUUCAACUAGCAUGCCUACACCACCAACUAAGACACCAACAAAUCUUAUUUCCUCAAAAAGUACAAGCAAAUCAAUAACUUCUGUAACAACGUCAACAAUGUUUUCUUCAAUACCUUCAGUGUCUUCCACAAGCAGGUUGACACAACAAUUUACCACACCAAAAGUCCAGAGUUCCCCUACUGGUAAAACCAUAUCCACAACUCCAAUAAGAAUCUCUACAGGUACACAUUCAACAUUGUUUUCACCUGGCAUAACUACUACACCACCGGCAACAACAUCAACAAGCUUUAUUUCUUACACAAGUAAAAGCAUAUCAACUACUUCAACAAAGUUUUCUGCUACACCGUCCAUUCCUGUAACAAACAGGUUUACACAAGUUACAACACCAACAGUCCAGAGUUCCCCCACUGGUAAAAGCAUUUUCACAACUCCAACAGUAAUUUCUACUGGUGCGCCUUUCCAAUUGUUUUCAACUGGCAUGACUGCACCACUGACUAAAACACCAACAAUCCAGAAUUCUUCCAAUACUACAAGCAUGACAACACAAUCCUUAUCUACAACAGCUACAAGGAUGUCAUCAACAAGCAUGCGUACAACACCAACUACAACAUCAACAGUACGUAGUUCCCCCACCGUUACAAGCAUAUCCACAAAUACGUCAACAACAAUUUCUGCUGGUACGCCUUCACCAACUUUUUCAACCAAUAUGCCUGCACAACCAACAAUGACACAAUUAAGCCUCAUUUCCUCCACAAGUAAAAUCAUGUCAACAAGUACAGCCACAACUUCAACAAUAUAUUCUGCUAGACCUUCAAUAUCUUCAACAAGCAGGUUUACAAAACAAGUUACAUCAACAACAGUCCAGAGUUCCCCCACUGGUAAAAGUAUACCCACAACUCCAACAACAAUGUCUACACAUUCUCCAACAUUUUCAACGGGCAGGACUACACCACUGACUGAAAAAUCUUCCUUCCAGAAUUCCUCUGAUAUUACAAAUAUGUCGUACACCUUCAACAUUGUUUUUACCUGGCGUAACUACUACACCAUCGACAAUAACAUCAACAAGCUUUAUUUCUUACACAAGUACACCUUCAACAUUGUUUUCACCUGGCCUAACUACUACACCAUCGACAAUAACAUCAACAAGCUUUAUUUCUUACACAAGUACACCUUCGACAUUGUUUUCACCUGGUGUAACUACUACACCACCGACAACAACAUCAACAAGCUUUAUUUCUUACACAAGUACACCUUCAACAUUGUUUUCACCUGGCCUAACUACUACACCAUCGACAAUAACAUCAACAAGCUUUAUUUCUUACACAAGUAA